GGCCGCCCCCACGUCACGUCGCCCCGCGGACGCCUCCCGCUAAUGUCCGGUCGCUGGUCGCUGGCGGACAUGUGGCCGGUUCUCCAAGAACUGUUGAGGGUCCACGCGGGGCUCGUUUUGGGCGGCGCCCGAGGCUUGCAUAGCUCGCCGGUCUCCUGCCGCAAGAACCUGCUCAAGAAAUUUGCUUCCAAGACCAAGAAGAAGUUCUGGUAUGAAGGUCCUUCCCUGGGCUCUCACUUGACUUACAAGCCAUCCCAGCUGGAAUCCCUAGUGAAGAGCACCUCCAAGAGAGCCAGGAAGGAAGAUCACAUGCGCCUGAGGGCCCUGAACGGCCUCCUCCACAAAGCGCUGACGGGGUUUCUGUGUACCCCUGAAGUGAGCCAGGAGGUCUGCGACCUGAAUGUGGAGCUCUCCAAGGUCUCUCUGACUGCAGACUUCUCCGCCUGCCGAGUGUCCUGGAAGGCCAGUCUCUCUGCAGCUCAGAAUGCACACACAGAGGCCGUGCUGCAGAGGAGCGCUGCACACAUGAGGCAUCUUGUGAUGUCCCAGCAGAUCCUGAGGAACAUGCCGCCGAUUGUGUUUGUUCAGGACAAAAAAUACGCAGCAGUAGCCGAGGUUGAUCGGUUACUGGCAGUUGCUGAUUUUGGACCCCGUGAUGAAAAAGAAGAGUUGGUGCAAGAUGACUUUAGGGACCCCAAGGCCUUGGAUGCAGCAUUGCCGUGUGAUACCCCGGGCCCUGCCGUGCCCUCCAGUCUGUGUGGAAUUGACCACGAGGCCCUCAACCAGCAGAUCCUGGAGUACAAGAGGGGCCGGGGCCGGGGGGCCACCAGCCCAGCACGGCCAGAGCAUGUGGCUGUGCUGAUGAAGCAAGUGAGAAAGAGGAGGGCCCACCCCCCUGUGGACAAUGACCUUUCUCCCAAGAGCUUCCUGUUGGGGCUGGAGGGUGAGGAGCCCCUGGACGGCAGAAGGGCCCUUCCUGAGGAGCACGGCCUGGGGUGCGAGUGGGGGCUCCCGGGAGCGGAGCAGGAACUGGAGGCAAAGGGAAAGGAUCGAGGUGACUGUUAGGGGUCAUGGAGGGAGAGGGUCUUGACCAGAUGCCCGUGUGCACAGGGCAGGAACUGGCCUGGAAGCCCUCGUGUAGGGGUGGUCUGAGCCCUUUUCCUUGUGUUACUGUGAGAAGAGGCAUGGGCUGUGGAAAGUGUAAAUAGCUCUUGGAUCCACGCAGUGCAGUCAGUCCUCGUUAUCCGGGCUUUGUAUUUGAAGGUUUGUCUGCUUACGUGUGACAGAGCAGGGCUUUGCAGCCACCCGGCCCUACCCCGCCAUGCUGGAGCUGAAUGACCUCUCUGCUCCAUUUCCUGGUGGUCUGGAUACUAAUGGCAUCUGUUCAGGGGUUGCUGGGAGGGUUGCAGGGUCACGUGUAUGAAAGCACUUAGCAGAGCCUUGCAUGCAGAGGGCCCUCAUCUUGACGCCACCUUCCUAGGAAUUUGGUUUCUGUGACAAGCUAAGGGAAGGAGGGGUAAUUGACUCGUUGGUGGAUGUGCGCAUAACCUGCUUUGUGAGGCCAUGCAGAGCCGGACGCAGGUGCUCCUGUUUGAAGCUGGUGGCCCUGCAGACGUGGCAGAAUUGUGCACAUGGCUGGGUUUUCAUGUCCCGUGACAUCCCAGACGACAGGAGCAGAUCAGAGUCCUGCCUGUUUGAGGUAGAAUGUGUUCAUCAGUACCCUGGGGUGCCAGCGGUAAACCUGAAGAGGUUACGUGCGGACAGCUCUGAGUCCAGAAGUAAGUCCUGUUGGGAAGGCAGAGUAGGCAGUCCUCCACUCUUAGGGUUGAGCACACCUGUGUGGCUGUCUGCAUUACUGUGGGUACCAGAUGGCUCUGGAUUUGAAUAAAACUCGAACAGGAACCUGAAGAGACACAAAUGGUUUUCAUCCUGAAACGUGAAGCCUAGUGUGAUUGUACAGAGCAGGCUCCUUUUAACCUCCUGUGCUGAGAGUCCCGAGCUGCCACUUGUCCCGAGGGCUGUAGGAUCUAGGGGGAGAUGGGGCUCAGGUACCCUGGGGUUGGGGUAUGGAGGAGAUGGAAAGAGGCAGCAAAUCGUCACACAGCCUAAGGCCAGCGGCCAACAGAAGACCCAUCAGGUCCCACUAAGGACUUUUUAGUCUCCAAGCACCCCUCCCCAGCAAGUCUCACUUGCAGUCCUCCAGCCCCACAUGCUCAGAUACAGUGCCUUGUUUUUCUGGAUGCCUCCUGGGUGUUUCUGGUUCUCCUUUCUUGCCAGGCUGAAAUCAAAACUCACACACACGCCCUUAGAGUCUGAAGAAAAGACGUCUCAGUUCUACGUGAAAAUUCAUAGCACUGCAGUGGCAUUCAUGUUAAAGAAAGCAUAUGUCUUCUAUUUUUUAAAAAAAAGUUUGUUGGGGGGGAAGUAAUUAGGUUUAUUUAUUUAUUUAUUUUCAGAGGAGGUACUAGGGGUUGAACCCAGGACCCUGUGCAUGCCAAGCACGCACUCCACCACUUGAGCUUUACCCUCUCCCAAACGUGUAUCUUCUGCUGCUUCCAUUGGGAGGAGCAGAAUUCCAGCUCUCCAAGAUCUCAGGGCACCUUCCUUCCCAUUGUAACCUCCCCCUCCACCCCCGUGCAGUGUGUGAGUGCAGCUGUCUCGAUAGCCUCCCCUGCCACUGGACCUUGGUUUCUGAAACUUUGAAUCUUGGUGAGACAAGGGUUGGGGGCAGGAACUCUGCAGAUUGGCCCAUCUCCUUCCAAGAUUUUGGCCACACAUGAUAUCAGGAGUGAUAGUCCAUUUGCCAGGUGCAGAGGGCAGAUGGGAGGCACUGUCAGGUCCCCUGGGUGCUGCAGGUGCUUGAGGCCUCUCCUCUAGAAACAUCCAAGCAGCAGCAGCUUGUACUCAGCUUCUUUCCCUGGAAAAACAGGCACUUUGCAGGACAUGCUGGCGCAGGAAGCGGUUCUGACUCACGGCCUUUGGGCACCUCACUUUACCCUCCACAAGGUGCAUGCAGGUGAUCAGGCCAGGUAGGAGACUGCACUUGCCUUCACAGCUCUGAGGAACCUUUGGUGGAAGCUGGAUGGGGACACCUCCUGCCACUUAACCCCAGUGAUGUGCAGUCAUUGUGAGGCUGCUGCUGAGAUCAGAACCCAAGUGUUCUGGUAAAUAAGGAAGCAAUCUAGUUUCCAUCUGUUUUUUAAAAAUAAGUUUUCAGUGACUGAAGGGAGAAAAUUGUAGCCUACAGUAUUUCAUUUAGUUCUGGAUAACACUCCCCAGUUUUAUAGAAUGAGUGUCCCUGCAACACUGAUUUCUGUAAGGAUUUUCAGAUUCCAUUAUGCAUAGCGCAUCUCAACACAGAGCAUGAGGUUAUUAGGUACGGGGUUUGAAAGGAAGAAUGCAUAUAGAAGGGACUUUCAAAUGUCCAUUAAAGCCUCUUCAAUCAGCCGUAAACAUGAAAUUCCCCUGUGUGCCUCCACUCUGCAUGCAGAUGGCUUGUUCACUGGCUCUGGAGAAGUGCUUGAUGCAGGCUCUGCAGAGGUAAGUCAGAGAAAUGCAGCAGGGAGAUGCCUCUGCAGCUGGCACACCUUCCAGGGGCUGAGAACCUCAUCAGAAGAGCAGCCGACUGUGUUCGUAUCAUGGUGACUGGCAUGAUGGUGGCAACCGCGUUGGAUAGGCUGGUCUUUCCAUCUGAAUGAGUUGAAUUCCGGAUGUCAGUCCCUGCUCAGGCCCAUGACUUGCAGAUUGGCACUGGGCUGGUUGCCUGCAUCACAUGUCAUUGGGGAAAGAGGGUUCAGGGGAGUCAGCACCCCCUGCAGCUCCCACACUCAACUACUGGGUCUUCUAGGCCAGUUUUAUUAGAGUACGUUAAUGUCGGUCACAAAGCAAGGAGUAAUUGUGUCUGAGUGUAUCUUGGUUACCAGAAAGGGAACCGCAGAGGAAGACCCAGUGAGAAAUGACAAAAGAUGCACCGCAGAGUCUUCCUGAAUGCUACCUGUGUAAACUUGCAGAGCCUGACACUGUGCUACAUAUAACCUCUGUUGGGUGCCUGGGUGUUCAUGUCUGUGUGAGUGCCCAUAUGCAAGCAUGUGUGUGUGUCUGUGUGCCUUUGUGUGUGCUUGUGGGAGUGCCUGUGCACAACCAAGGUCUUAUGGCACAACUUUCAUAACAGGCAUCCUUGCCUCGCCAUUGCCACCAGUGUUUGUCUAGUGGGUUUGGCUCCAUCUCAGGAAGCCUCAGACCCUAACCCAUAAAAGUCGGAGAAAACAGGGCUUGAAGGUGGGGUCCUAUAUUGUUGCAAAACUGUAGAAACACACUGGAGGCUUCUACUCUUCCAUAACAAAAUAAUAACUUUCAAGAAUGUCCUGGUGAGCAGCAGUGUCUGGAUCCCUCUCUGGGGCUGUGGUAACAACUAGGAUCCAGACCUAGACAGAAUGGCUACCCUGGCCCCUGGGUCUCAUGAGGAUCUGGCCCUUGUCCAUUUGUGAUAAGGUGGUGGGUGUGAAGGGUGUCUGAAAAUUGGGAGAAGGAUUUUGCUGAUCUUCAGCAGAGACAACCUACAACAAGGGGAUAAAACCUCCACAAAAUGGCAAACUCUGGGAAAGGGAGAGAAUCUGAUUUCCAGAGUUACAUGUUUCUGGAUUCAUAUGUACAGUUUUCAACAACAACAACAACAACAAAGUCACAAGGCAUACACAGAAACAGGAGAGUAUGGCCUUUUCAAAAGAAAAAAAAAUCAGAAACUGUUCCUGAAAAAAGAUCUAAUGGUAGAAAAAUUAGACAGACUUGAAAACAGCUGUCUUAAAGAUGUUCAAAGAACUAAAGGAAGAUACAGAGAAAGCCGAGAAAGUGAUAGGUGAACAAAAUGGAAAUAUCCAUAAAAAGAAACCAUAAAGAAAUCUGGAGCCUAAAGGUAAACUAACCGAGAUGCAAUAGUAGGAUUCAAAGGCAGGUGUGAGGAGGCAGAAGAAUCAGAAGACUUGAAGAUAAUGGAAAUUAUUAAGUCUGAGGAACACAAAAAAGAUUGAAGAAAAGUUAAUAGGGCCUAAGGGACCUGUGGGACUCCAUGAAGAGAAGCAACAUACGCAUUCUGAGAGUUCCAGAGGUUGAAGAGAGAGAAAGGGCUAGAGAGAAUAUUUGAAGAAAUAAUGUCUGAAACUUGCCCAAAUUUGAUGAAACAUCCAGAAAACUUGAGCUCACUAGACCUGUCCUGCAAGAGAUACUCUAAGAGUCCUGCAAGCGAGAUGAAAGGCCAGGAGACAGUAACUUGAAGCUGUGUGGAGGAAUGAAGACCUCAGUCAGGGUUGUUAACACGGGGCAAGUAUAACUUUUUAAGGCAAAAACAAUGGUUCUUAGGUGCACUUUUUGUUUUCUAUAUUAUUUAAAAGACUAAUACAUUAAAAAAAUUAUUAGUCUAAAGGCUAGUAUUAGUGUAACUCCACAUUUUGUUUUCUACAUAAUUUAAGAGACUAAUGCAUUUAAAAGAAUUACUAGUGUAUGCUUAGGGGCACACAGUGUAUAAAGAUGUAUUUUUGUGAUGUUGACCAACAGCCAGAAGGGGUGGGGUGGAGCUGUUAAAUGAAUGUUUUUGUGUUACUGAAAUUAAGCUAGUAUAAAUUCAGAUUAGAGUGUUAUAACUGUGGAGUGUCAGAUAAAAUCCGCAAAGAAAAUAGCUAUAGAAUAUAUAUAAAAAGAAAUGAGAAAGGAAUUUAGAUGUUUUGCUGUUAAAAAAUCAACUUAAACACAAAAGAUACUGAUGCAGGAAAUGAAGGACAAAAAAAGCUACAAGGCAUAUAGAAAACAAACAGCAAAAUGACAGAAGUCUCUCCCUGUCUGUAGUUACUUUAAAUGUAAAUGGAUUAAAUUCCUCAGUGAAAAGACAGAGAUUGAAACAAUGAAUAAAAAAAAUUAUCAAACUAUAUGCUGUCUUCAAGAGAUUUACUUUAUAUCCAAAUACAUAAAUAGAUUGAAAGUGAAAAGAUGUAAAAAAAAUACUCCAUGCAAACGGUAACCAAAGGGUAGCAGGGGUGAGUAUAAUAAUAUCAGAUAAAAACUUAUCUUAAAAAAAAAAAGAUUACAA